GGCGACUCAUGCAUGCUUGAUGAGGCGAAUCCGAGGGUAAACAUGCGUGUAGUUUGGCAAUAACCACUAUCGCUUACUGUCUACUAGUGUCAAUUGAUCAAUGGACAUUUAAACCCAUAGUAAGAAUGUCGGAAAAGCCGAGAUCCCGGAAAAUAUCCUCGUCGGCGGAUCCUAAAAAGUCCCGCCUUGCCGUGGCACCAGUGGAAAACCUAAAAGAAAAACAGCAAAAGCUGAAGGAGGAGAGGGAAGCAAAGCGAGCCCACCUAGAUGAGCGCCACUUCUACAUCCUACAGACUGUGGCGGACAGCCUCGGUCUGGAACUCUCAGAGGUGGAGGAUGCCAUAUUGGAGGGAAAUCAGAUUGAAAUGAUGGACCAGUUUCUGAGUCCAAACAGUGUGAGCCAGCUUUUAUUUUACUACCAGGAACCAGAGCAUGUUGAACCAGUGGCUGUUGGAUUUCAUAUUCCCCAAACUGCCGAGUCAAGGAAAAAAGAUCAGAACAUUUUGGACCAUCUGAGAGUGGGUCCCCCACAGCCUAAAGUCUCCAAAACCUCCAAACCAAAAGUAUUUGUCACCAAUGGACGUGACACCCCACUGAGAGGGGUAGCCCUGGUCUUCACAAAGGUGGCCGAAGCUGACGUCACCAUUACAGAUACCAAUAUUAUGAAGGAAGUGACAUUCACUCGCCUUGACACCAGUGGGAAUGGAAAAAAUGGCAGUGGACUUCUGCAUGCUGUGGAGACUCUUCUGUCCUCCAUUUUUAUUCCUGCCCUGAAGAAUCUGGACAAAGGAUGGGGUGCCCUAGGUACACCCUCUGGUGAACAAGUCAGACAGGACUUCCUUAACACGCUCGACUCAUUUGUCUCCGUCCUUGUUGGUGCACAAGAAAGUUUGGAAGAGAAGGUAACUCUUAAGCCAUGUGAGACCUAUGACCUUUCCAAGAUCCAGACACCAGCCGACUAUCAGGCAGUGGCCAACAGCUCUGAGGCCCUGGAGGGGAUCGAGAACACUAUGAACGUCUGGCUGAAGCAGCUUGAACAAGUCCUGGCUGAGAGUGAGCAGAUGAGGAAGGAGGCAGACGAUAUAGGACCUCGAGCAGAGCUGGAUCACUGGAAAAAACGCAUGUCACGAUUCAACUAUCUCCUGGAUCAGAUCAAAGGGCCCGACGUUAAAGCUGUUCUGGGUGUUCUGCAUGCCUCUCAAUCAAAGCUUAUCAAGCAAUGGCAGGAACAUGACAGAAGAAUAACUGAUCUGGCCAAUGAGGCCCGAGAUAAUGUUAAGUUCCUGUACACCCUAGAGAAAUUCUGUGACCCCCUUUACAACAGUGACCCUGUUGGUAUGUUGGAAGGCAUCCCUGGUCUGAUCAAUGCUAUCAGAAUGAUCCAUUCCAUCUCCAGGUAUUACAACACUUCAGAGAGGAUGACAUCUUUGUUUGUCAAGAUUACCAAUCAGAUGAUCACAGCCUGUAAGUCAUACAUCAGCUGUCAGAAGACAGAAACUGUCUGGACCCAGAAUCAAGCAGACGUUGUCCGUAAACUCAACGACUGCAUCAAGCUGAAUGAAGAGUACCAGCGGUGUUUCCAUAAGACCAAGGAAAAGCUGGAGAAGAUGCCUAAUGAGAGGCCAUUUGAAUUCUCCGAGAUGUACAUCUUUGGAAAGUUUGACACCUUCACCAGGAGGCUAAAGAAAAUCAUUGAAAUGUUUGAGACCAUCUCCAUGUACUCCCACUUAUCUGAGUCCAAAAUUGAAGGAAUUGAGCAGUCUGCAACAAGAUUUAAUGUCAUUGUGACAAACAUGAAGAAGAAACCGUACGAUUUCUUGGAUCAAAGGAAGCAAGAGUUUGAGGUGGAUUUUGAUGAAUUCAAGAGGAUGGUGGCUGAACUUCAUCAAAACAUCCAGUUGUUUAUGGACCAGAAGUUUGAGAGAAUCGUUAGCACCACCAGAGCUCUGGUUCUGCUCCAGAGGUUUGAGAAGCUGAAUUUACCAGGUCUGGGUAUCUAUGAUAAGUACCAGAGAAUUCUCAGUCACUAUGGGAAGGACAUUGAAAAUGUGUCCAAACUGUACCAGAAAAACAAGAAUGACCCACCAGUGGCUAGAGAUUUGCCUCCUAUUGCUGGAAAAAUAGCUUGGGCCAGACAACUGUACCGCCGAAUUCAAGAUCCCAUGGAGGUUUUCAAACAGCAGGGGAAAUUACUGGAGAUCCCAGAGGCUAAGAAGAUCAUCAAGAAUUUCAACAAACUGGCAAAAGUUCUGCUGGAGUUUGAGAUGUUGUACCAUAGAGGAUGGCUUAGACAGAUGGAGGCUGCUAGAUCUGGUCUGCAGGCUUCACUCCUGAUCAAACACCCAGAGACUGGAGAACUGUUUGUGAACUUUGACGCUCAGAUCCUGACCAUGGUGAGAGAGACUGAGUGCAUGGCCAGGCUUGGACUGGAGAUUCCCCCACUAGCUGUCACAAUGAGAGCCAAACAGACAGAAUACAAAGACAACUACAAUGCACUCCAGAUGCUGCUGCAAGAGAACAAGAGAGUAAGAAGCAAGAUCCCAACAGCAUUUGAGAGCUUGAUGGGUCCACACAUCAGCAAAGUAGACAAGAGAUUGGAGCCUGGCCUUAACAAGUUGUCCUGGACUUCCCUCAACAUACAGGACUACAUACAGGAAGUGUACAGUGUGUUGGGUGAGCUGGAACUGCUGAUGGAUCGUGCCCACGAUUUGAUGGAGUUCAGAAUCGAUGCUGUUCUGAAGGAGAUGUCCACCACUAAGCUGUGCCAGCUACCAGAGGUUGAACCUUGGCUGUGUGAUGCUUUCCUGGAAAACACCCAGAUGCUGUGUGCAAAAGGAGCAGUCGCGCUACAGACGAAGUCUCUGGUGGUGGAGGAAGCAGCCAAUGAACUGAUCAACAUGUUGUGUCCCGCUGAUAUGGAGGAGGAGGAGGAAAAGAUAGGGAUGGAGGAAGAUGAAGAUGAACAACGAAGCCAGGCUGGUAGCCCCACUGGUUCUCAGGGUGCUAGGACCAGCAGCAGGAAAUCACGACCGGUGUCCUCAAAAGCUAACCUUGUAGCCAAGAAGAAACGAGAAAUGAAAGAGAACAUCGAAGAAGCAGCUAAUGAGCUGUUGGCUCACUUCAACCACAGGAACCAGGAUGCUCUUAUGAAGGUCACUAAGAACACUCUGGAAUCUCUACGGAAACGAAUCACUUCCAGCUCCAUGGUCCAUUACCUUGGAGAUUCUGGAAGCUUUGGUGAUGCUAAGAAAGACAGUGGCCCCUUCUUUAAGACUUUUGCUACACUGGCCAUUCCAAACAUUGUCAUGCAGCCUGCUUUGGAUGAAGUUCAACAGACCGUGAACAAAGCUGCUCAGAUGAUUAUUUCAGUCAGCAAAGGUGUGGCUAAAUGGAGCGAGGAAAGAAAAAGACCCCAGAAAUCUGCAGCAGAACGUGAGCAUGCUGUAGCUGCUGAGCGUAGACAGAGUGUAGUCAGCGCUGCCUCUGAUGCUGCAGGAGAGAAGAAAGAAGAAGAGGCAGAAGUGAAGAACUACACCAUUACCCAGCAGGCCAAGAACUACUUCAAAGCUGUAUCUGAGAACAAAGAGGUCACGAAACUGGUGUCUCUUUUGUCCACCUCCAUCAACUCCACAAAGAAGGAGGUGACUACUGCCUUGGACAGAUUUGCUGGAUAUCAUCCAAUCUGGGAGAAGGACAGGGAUGAGGACUUGGAGGAGUUCAACAAAGAGGACCCCAAACUGUCAGAAUACGAGGCCAAAAUCAAACACUACGAGGAGCUGGAGGUGGAGAUCAAUGGACUGCCAGAGUUCUAUGAUGUUGGACCUAUUGCCUUGUACACAGAAAACCUGAAGCUUGGUUUGACCACAGAGACCAGAGCCUGGAAGCUCCAUUAUGGUAAGGCCUGUAAUCAGAAAUACAGCAUGGAGAUGGAGAGAAUCUUCACCUUUAUUGAGGACCUCACCAAACGUCUGGCACGUCCCCUCAAGGACCUCGAUGACAUCAGGUUUGCCAUGGCAGCCCUCAAAGAGAUUCGUGAUGAUGAAAUCAGGAUAGACAUGUUGAUUGGUCCAAUUGAGGAAUCUUAUGCCAUGUUGAUCAAACAUGACCUGCCAGUAAACAAGGAGGAGACAGAGAGAUGUGACACACUGCGUUACUCCUGGGAGAAACUUCAGGUCCAGACUUCAGAAGUUCAGACAGAACUUCUACAAGUACAGCCCCAGUUCAAGGAGGAACUCAUCGAAAAUGUCAAGAUCUUCAAUACUGACUGCAAGAACUUCUAUGAGAGUUACGAUACACAAGGACCAAUGGUGGCAGGUGUACCCCCUCGCGAGGCCUCUGACAGACUGGUCAUCUACCAGAACAACUUUGACGUCCUCUACAAGAAGUUUGUCACCUACACAGGUGGGGAGGAACUGUUUGGCUUGCCUGUGUCAGAUUACCCCAAGCUCGGACAGAUUAAAAAGGAGCUCAAUCUGCUUCAGAAACUGUACAACUUGUACAACAAUGUUCUGGAAACUGUGCAUGGAUAUUAUGAUAUACUGUGGACUGACAUUAAUAUUGAGAAAAUUAACAAUGAACUUUUGGAAUUUCAAAACAAAUGUAGAAAACUCCCCCGUGCCUUGAAAGACUGGCCUGCCUUUGAAGAUCUGAAGAAAACAAUCGACAAUUUCAACGAAAUGGUGCCUCUGCUGGAGUUGAUGACUAACAAAGCCAUGAAGCCUCGCCAUUGGAACAGAAUGGCAGAGGUCACAGGUCAUGUGUUUGAUGUUGAAAGUGAUAACUUUGCUCUGAAGAACAUUCUGGAAGCUCCACUGCUUCAGUUCAAGGAAGAUAUUGAGGAUAUCUGUAUCUCAGCUGUGAAGGAGAAGGACAUUGAAGCCAAACUGAAGCAGGUCAUUGCAGACUGGAACAAUAAGGAAUUCACCUUUGGUCAGUUCAAAAACAGAGGAGAGCUCCUACUCAGGGGAGAUAAUACAUCAGAAAUUGUAUCCCUUAUGGAAGACUCGCUCAUGGUUCUCAGCUCAUUGCUCAGCAACAGGUAUAAUGCUCCCUUUAAGAAGAAUAUCCAGUUGUGGGUGCAGAACCUGACCAAUUCCUCAGAAAUCAUUGAGAACUGGAUGACUGUCCAGAACCUGUGGGUGUACCUUGAAGCUGUAUUUGUUGGUGGAGAUAUUGCCAAACAACUGCCAAAGGAAGCCAAACGAUUCAGCAACAUUGACAAGUCCUGGAUUAAGAUAAUGACCCGAGCUCAUGAGACUCCUAAUGUUGUCCAGUGCUGUGUGGGAGAUGAGACCUUAAUGCAGCUGUUGCCUCAUCUUCUGGAACAACUCGAGCUCUGUCAAAAGUCUCUCACUGGAUACCUGGAGAAGAAGCGUUUGUUAUUCCCUCGAUUCUUCUUUGUGUCUGACCCGGCUCUGCUUGAGAUUCUGGGACAGGCCAGUGACCCACAUACUAUCCAGGCACACUUACUAUCCGUGUUUGACAACACCAAAACAGUCAAGUUUCAUGAAAAAUUCUACGACCAGAUUCUGGCCAUUUAUUCUUCAGAAAAUGAAACCAUUGAUCUUGAGAAGCCAGUAAAGGCGGAGGGUAACGUAGAGAGCUGGUUGAUGUCCCUGAUGUUGAUGGCUCAGAAAUCUCUCCAUGGUGUCAUCCGUACAGCUGCCAUGUCCAUUCAGGACAGCAGCUUCCAGCUUCUGGAGUUCUUAAACAUGUUCCCUGCUCAGGUUGGAAUUCUGGGAAUCCAGAUGAUCUGGACUCGUGAUGCCACGGAGGCCUUAACCCAUGCCCGUUAUGACAGGAAGAUCAUGCAGCAGACGAAUCAGGCCUUCCUGGAUCUACUGAACAUCCUCAUCAACCAGACAACACAGGAACUCAGUAAAGUGGAGAGGACCAAGUUUGAAACUCUCAUCACCAUCCAUGUCCACCAGAAGGACAUCUUUGAUGACUUGUGCCGCAAUCAUGUGAAGUCCCCCACAGACUUUGAAUGGAUGAAGCAGUCCAGAUUCUACUUCCUGGAAGACCAAGACAAAUGCCUGAUUUCUGUAACAGAUGUGGACUUUAUUUAUCAGAAUGAGUUCUUAGGCUGUACUGAACGUCUAGUCAUCACGCCUCUCACUGACAGAUGUUACAUUACUCUGGCCCAGGCCUUGGGAAUGUCAAUGGGCGGCGCCCCUGCAGGUCCUGCAGGAACAGGAAAAACAGAGACCACCAAAGACAUGGGCCGUUGUCUUGGUAAAUAUGUCGUCGUCUUCAACUGCUCCGAUCAGAUGGACUUCCGAGGUCUGGGUCGUAUCUAUAAAGGUCUGGCCCAGUCUGGAUCCUGGGGAUGCUUUGAUGAGUUCAAUCGUAUUGACCUACCUGUGCUUUCUGUGGCUGCUCAGCAGAUUGCUAUUGUGUUGACAGCAAAGAAAGAGAGGAAGAAGAACUUUAUCUUCACUGAUGGUGACAAUGUGUCUCUCAGUCCUGAAUUUGGAAUUUUCUUGACAAUGAACCCUGGUUAUGCCGGUCGUCAGGAGUUGCCAGAAAAUUUGAAGAUUAAUUUCCGUACAGUAGCCAUGAUGGUUCCCGACAGACAGAUCAUCAUCCGUGUCAAACUUGCCUCAGUCGGUUUCCUUGAUAACAUCACACUGGCCAGAAAGUUUUACACUUUAUACAAACUCUGUGAGGAACAGCUUACCAAACAAGUGCACUAUGACUUUGGUUUGAGAAACAUCUUGUCCUGUUUGAGGACAUUGGGUACUGUGAAGAGACAAAACAAAGAUGACCCUGAAGCCAUGAGUGUAAUGAGAGUAUUGAGAGACAUGAACCUCUCUAAGCUUGUGGAUCAAGAUGAACCUCUCUUCUUGUCCCUGAUCAAUGACUUGUUCCCAGGAAUUACACUGGACAAGGGAGGCUACCCAGAUCUAGAGGGCGCUAUUGCUCGCCAGAUUGAGGAUGCCAAAUUGGUUGCUCAUCCUCCAUGGACACUCAAACUCAUUCAGCUGUUUGAGACCCAGCGAGUAAGACAUGGUAUGAUGACCCUGGGACCCAGUGGAGCAGGAAAAACCUGCUGUAUCCAUGUCCUGAUGAAGGCCAUGACAGACUGCGGAGAGCCCCACAAGGAGAUGAGAAUGAACCCCAAGGCCAUAACAGCCCCUCAGAUGUUUGGACGUCUUGAUGUAGCCACCAAUGACUGGACAGAUGGUAUCUUCUCUACCCUGUGGAGGAGAACUCUCAGAGCCAAAAAAGGUGAGCACAUCUGGUUGGUGUUGGAUGGACCAGUAGAUGCUAUUUGGAUUGAGAACUUGAACUCUGUACUGGAUGACAAUAAGACCUUGACCCUCGCUAAUGGAGAUCGUAUCCCCAUGGCUCCCAACUGUAAGAUUAUCUUUGAGCCCCACAACAUUGAUAAUGCCUCCCCUGCCACUGUCUCUAGGAAUGGUAUGGUGUACAUGUCCAGCUCAGGACUGGACUGGAAGCCCAUUCUUCAGUGCUGGUUGAAUUCAAGACCAAUCAAUGAACAAGCCAUCAUUAUGGAUUUGUUUGAGAGAUCUUUCCCCCUGUUGUUGCGCUAUGCUGUACAAAAUUUGACAUUCAAAAUGGAGGUCCUCGAAGCCUUUAUCAUCUCUCAGGCCUGCAAACUUCUGGAAGGACUGAUUCCCUCAAAGGAUGACAAGGAUACUGGAAAUGUGAGUCAAUCUCACUAUGAACAUUUGUACAUCUUCACUCUUAUGUGGACCAUUGGUGCUUUCUUGGAGUGGGAUGAUAGGAUAAAGGUAGAGGAGUUCCUGAGGAACAAUGAUGAAAUCACUCUGGAUUUACCACCCACCAAUAAGGAGGCUGAUGAGACCAUGUUUGAUUACAUGGUUGAUACAAAUGGCUCAUGGCAGCACUGGAGCACCAAAGUGGAGCCCUACCACUACCCCACCGACAGCACACCCGAGUAUGGCUCUAUUUUGGUCCCUAUGGUUGACAAUGUCCGUACAGAGUUCCUCAUCAAGGCCAUUGCUAAGCAAGAGAAGGCUGUCCUUCUGAUUGGAGAGCAGGGUACAGCUAAGACCGUGAUGAUCAAUGGUUACAUGAACAAAUAUAACCCUGAGUACCAUCUAGCUCAGUCCCUCAACUUCUCCUCUGCUACCACUCCUCUCAUGUUCCAGAGAACCGUUGAGAGUUAUGUUGACAAAAGAGUGGGCAGCACAUAUGGACCUCCUGCUGGUAAGAAAAUGACAGUUUUCAUUGAUGACAUCAACAUGCCGGUGAUUAACGAGUGGGGAGAUCAGAUCGCUAAUGAAAUCGUGAGACAACUGAUGGAAUACAAAGGUUUCUACAAUCUGGAGAAACCAGGAGACUUCACCAAUAUUGCAGAUGUCCAGUUUCUAGCUGCUAUGAUCCAGCCUGGUGGAGGCCGUAAUGAUAUCCCUCAGAGACUGAAGAGACAGUUUGUCAUCAUUAACUGCACUCUUCCCUCCAACCCAUCCAUUGACAAGAUCUUCAGCUGUAUUGGAUGUGGCCAUUACAUCAAGGAGAGAGGAUUCACGCAGGACGUCAUCGACAUGACAGCUAGACUGGUUCCCAUUACAAGAAGACUCUGGCAGCUUACAAAGAUAAAGAUGUUGCCCACUCCAGCCAAGUUCCACUACGUCUUCAACUUGCGUGACUUGUCCAGGAUCUGGCAGGGCAUGAUCAACACAGAUAAUACUGUGAUCACGUCCUCAAAGGAAAUUCUGUGGUUAUGGAAACAUGAGUGUAGCAGAGUCAUCGCAGACAGGUUUACAACAGCAGAUGAUGCACAAUGGUUUGAGAAAACCUUGUUGCGAGUCAUAGGGGAAGAGAUGGGGGAAGAUAAUUUAGAAAUUGUCAGACCCACUUACUACUUUGGAGAUUUUAUGAGGGAUGCUCCAGAGGCCACUGGUGAUGAACCGGAUGAUGCUGACUUUGACAUGCCUAAGGUUUAUGAACCGAUUCCCAGCUUUGAAGCAUUGGAGGAGAGGUUACAGAUGUUUUUACAGCAGUACAAUGAGGGAAUCCGAGGUUCCGGAAUGGAUCUGGUGUUCUUUAAGGAUGCCAUGAUCCAUUUGGUGAAGGUUUCCAGGAUUAUUCGCACCCCCCGUGGUAAUGCCUUGUUGGUCGGUGUGGGAGGAUCAGGAAAACAGUCCCUCACCAAGCUAGCCUCUUUCAUCGCUGGGUACAAAACAUUCCAGAUCACUCUCACAAGGUCGUACAAUGUGACCAAUCUGCUUGAGGAUCUGAAGUUCCUGUAUCGUACAGCUGGGGCCCAGGGCAAGGGGAUUACCUUCAUCUUCACUGACCAGGAAAUCAAGGAUGAGGCCUUCCUUGAGUACCUCAAUAAUGUCCUCUCCUCUGGUAUUGUUGCCAACUUGUUUGCCAGAGAUGAGAUGGAUGAAAUCAUGGGAGACCUUAUCCCCAUCAUGAAAAAGGAAUUCCCGAAGCGACCCCCCUCUAAUGAGAAUCUUUAUGAGUAUUACCUGACCAGAGUUAGGAACAACCUCCAUGUUGUCCUGUGUUUUUCACCAGUUGGAGAGAAGUUCCGAGCUCGAGCCCUGAAAUUCCCUGGUCUUAUCUCGGGUUGUACCAUGGACUGGUUCCAGCGCUGGCCAAAGGAUGCUCUAAUUGCUGUAGCUGACCACUUCCUGUCUAACUUCAACAUUGAGUGUUCAGCAGAGGUCAAGAAGCAGGUCAUUCAAACUAUGGGUCUGAUCCAUGAUGGGGUAGCAGAAUCUUGUGUCAGCUACUUUCAGAGGUACCGUCGUUCAACCCAUGUUACUCCAAAAUCAUACCUAUCAUUCAUCAAUGGUUACAAAACAAUCUACUCUGACAAGAAGAAUGAAAUCGGUGAAUUAGCUGAAAGAAUGAACACAGGUUUGGAGAAGCUCAUUGAAGCUGGACAACAGGUGGCAAAACUGAAAGAGGAAUUGGCAGUGAAAGAAAAGGAACUUGCUAUUGCUUCAGAAAAGGCAGACAAAGUGUUGAAAGAAGUGACAGUCAAAGCACAGGCUGCUGAAAAGGUGAAAGAACAAGUGCAAAAAGUCAAGGACAAAGCUCAGGGCAUUGUGGAUGCCAUUGAAAAAGACAAAGCUAUUGCCUUUGAGAAGCUAGAAAAGGCUCGUCCUGCCUUGGAAGAGGCAGAGGCUGCCUUGAACACCAUCAAACCAGCAGAUAUUGCUACAGUGAGAAAGCUUGGUAAACCUCCCCACCUCAUCAUGAGGAUCAUGGACUGUGUACUCAUUCUCUUCCAGAAGAGGGUCAAUCCAGUAGAAAUGGACUCAGAGAGACCUUGUGUCAAACCAUCCUGGUCUGAGGCUCUUAAGCUUAUGUCAGGAACCAACUUCCUGCAGUCUUUGAUAAACUUCCCUAAGGAUAGCAUCAAUGAUGAGACAGUGGAAUUACUGGACCCCUACCUGUCACAGGAGGACUACACUCUGGAAGUUGCCAAGCGUGUCUGUGGUAAUGUUGCUGGUCUGCUUUCCUGGACAAGAUCAAUGGCUGUGUUCUUUGAAAUCAACAAAGAAGUCUUGCCAUUAAAGGCAAAUUUGGCUGUACAAGAGGCUAGGCUGGGUGUUGCCAUGGGUGACCUUCAGAAAGCUCAGGCACAACUGGAUGAAAAAGAGGCUGAGUUGGCUAAAGUGAGGGCCAUGUAUGACCAAGCCAUGAGAGAAAAACAAACCCUAUUGGAUGAUGCGGAGACAUGUCGUAGGAAGAUGACUGCGGCUGCAGCUCUCAUUAACGGUCUACAGGGAGAGAGGGACAGAUGGACGGAACAGAGCAAAGAGUUCAGGGCACAGAUUGGCAGAUUGGUUGGUGAUGUCUUGGUUUGCACUGCCUUCUUAUCAUACUCUGGUCCAUUCAACCAAGAUUUCAGACUUCUGCUGAACCAGAAAUGGUUCAAGGAGUUAAAGAGCCGGAAGAUCCCAUGUACCCUCAAUCUGAGUGUUAUUGACAUGUUGACAGAUCCCACCAUUAUUGGAGAGUGGAAUCUGCAAGGUCUGCCCAACGAUGAGUUGUCCACACAGAACGGUAUCAUUGUCACUAAGGCCUCAAGAUACCCCCUCCUGAUAGAUCCCCAGGGUCAGGGCAAAAACUGGAUCAAGAACAGGGAGUCUCAGAAUGAACUCCAGCUGACCUCAUUGAACCACAAAUAUUUCCGUACCCACCUUGAGGACUCCAUGUCUCUGGGUCGCCCAUUAUUAAUUGAGGAUGUAGCAGAAGAAUUGGACCCUGCCCUAGACAAUGUCUUGGAAAAGAACUUCAUCAAGGUUGGGUCAACACUGAAGGUCAAGGUUGGAGACAAGGAAUGUGACAUCAUGAAGGGUUUUGUCUUGUACAUCACCACCAAGCUGGGUAACCCCUCCUACACCCCUGAGGUGUCAGCUAAGACCUCCAUUAUUGACUUCACUGUCACAAUGAAGGGACUGGAAGAUCAGCUGCUCGGUCGUGUCAUCUUGACAGAGAAGGCUGAACUGGAAUCAGAAAGAGUGAAACUGAUGGAAGAUGUCCAGUCCAACAAGAAAAAGAUGAAGGAAUUAGAGGACAACUUACUGUACAGACUGACCAGUACAAAAGGAUCUCUUGUUGAUGAUGAGGACUUGAUCAAUGUACUGAACACAACUAAAGCUACUGCACAAGAUGUCAGCCAGAAACUGCAGGUAGCUGCCGAGACUCAGACAAAGAUCACCUUGGCUAGAGAGGAGUUCCGUCCUGUAGCAGCCCGUGGCAGUAUUUUGUAUUUCUUGAUCGUGGAGAUGGGACUUGUGAACUGCAUGUACCAGACUUCUCUCAAACAGUUCCUGUACCUGUUUGACUUGUCUAUGGCCAGGUCUGCCAAAUCUCCAAUCACACAAAAGAGAAUCCAGAACAUCAUAGACUACAUGACCUUUGAGGUGUUCAAGUACGCAGUUCGUGGUCUCUAUGAGGAAGACAAGAACACUUUUACCUUGUUGCUGGCUCUAAAGAUUGAUUUAGCAGCUGGAAAAAUCAAACACGAGGAGUUCAUGACCCUCAUCAAGGGAGGUGCCUCACUGGAUCUGAAUGUUGUGCAACCCAAACCUCACAAAUGGAUUGUGGACCUGACUUGGCUUAAUCUGGUGGAACUCAGCAAUCUUCACCAGUUCUCAGGAAUUCUAGACCAGGUGAGCCGAAAUGAAAAGCAAUGGAGACAAUGGUUUGACAAAGAGGCUCCAGAGGAAGAAGUGAUCCCAGAUGGUUACAACAACUCCCUGGACGUGUUCCGUCGUCUGCUGUUGGUCAGAUCCUGGUGCCCCGACAGAACCAUGUCACAGGCCAGAAAGUACAUAGCAGACACCUUGGGAGAUAAGUAUGCUGAAGGAGUGAUCCUGGACCUGGAGAAAAUGUGGAGUGAAAGCAACAGCAGGAAUCCAAUGGUGUGUCUGCUGUCCAUGGGAUCAGAUCCCACCAACAACAUCGAAGCCCUAGCCAAGAAACUCAAACUAGAAUGCAGAAACAUUUCUAUGGGUCAAGGACAGGAGGUCCAUGCCCGUCGUAUGAUGGCACAAGGAAUGGCUAAUGGUGGCUGGCUGCUUUUACAAAACUGCCACCUGUCCCUGGACUAUGUGGAGGAAGUCCUCGAUCAGCUUAUUGAGACGGAGACUAUCCACCAGGAAUUCAGACUCUGGGUCACCACAGAGGUCCACAAGAAGUUCCCCAUCAACUUCCUACAGAUUUCAAUUAAAUUCACCAAUGAGCCUCCACAAGGAAUCAAAGCUGGUCUGAAGAGGACCUAUGCUGGUCUUAGCCAGGAUUUCCUUGAUAUUUCAAACAUGCCUCAGUGGAAACCCAUGUUGUAUGGUGUGGCCUUCAUGCAUACUGUGGUGCAGGAGAGAAGAAAGUUUGGACCACUGGGAUGGAAUAUUCCAUAUGAAUUUAAUGCUGCUGACUUCAAUGCUAGUGUCCAGUUUGUUCAGAACCAUCUUGAUGACAUGGACAUCAAAAAGGGAGUGAACUGGACAUGUGUUCGCUAUAUGUUUGGUGAGAUCCAAUAUGGAGGACGUGUGACAGAUGACUUUGACAAGAGACUGCUGAACACAUUCUGUAAAGUCUGGUUUGGAGAGAACAUGUUCCAGAGUAACUUCUGCUUCUACAAAGGAUACAUUAUUCCUAAAUGUAACAAAAUGCAGGAGUACAUGGAUUACAUCAAUAACCUGCCGGGUACUGACACUCCCGAGGCGUUUGGUCUGCACGCCAAUGCUGACAUCACAUAUCAGAGCAAGUCAGCAAAGACUGUACUGGAUACUAUCCUGGAGAUCCAGCCUAAAGAUAGCAGUGGGGGAGGAAGUGGAGAGACUCGCGAGUCCAUCGUGUACCGCAUCUGUGAUGACAUGUUAGAGAAACUACCCAACGACUACGUACCAUUUGAGGUCAAGGCCAGAUUGGAGAAAAUGGGUCGCCUGCAGCCAAUGAACAUUUUCCUCAAGCAGGAGUUGGACCGCAUGCAGCGUGUCAUCUCAACAGUGAGAAACACACUUCAAGACCUGAAACUGGCCAUUGAUGGAACCAUCAUUAUGAGUGAAGCUCUACGUGAUGCUCUUGACUGCAUGUAUGAUGCCAGGAUUCCUAAACUGUGGCAGAAGAUUUCCUGGGACUCCAGUACCCUCGGCUUCUGGUUCACUGAACUGAUUGACAGAAACAGUCAGUUCCAUACCUGGUGCUUUGAUGGCCGACCAGUGACUUUCUGGAUGACUGGAUUCUUUAAUGCUCAGGGAUUCCUUACAGCAAUGAGACAGGAGGUGACAAGAGCUCAUAAGGGUUGGGCUUUAGAUGGAGUGGUCCUACACAACGACGUUACCCGCCAGAUGAAGGAUGACAUUACCACACCGCCCUCAGAGGGUGUGUACGUGUAUGGACUUUUCCUUGAAGGGGCUGGUUGGGACAAGAGGGGCAGCAAGCUCAUCGAACCCAAGCCCAAAGUCCUGUUCGAGCCCCUGCCAGUUAUCCAUAUUUACGCCAUCAACACCACGUCGGAUAAAGAGGAUACAAGAAUGUACAAAUGUCCGAUCUACAAGAAACCACGCAGGACAGACUUAACCUACAUUGCAGCCGUCUUCUUGAAGACCAAUCAAAACCCUGAUCACUGGGUGUUGCGUGGUGUCGCACUGUUAUGUGACAUUAAGUAAACUGUUUUCUAAAACUUAUUAGUAUAAACCUUUACCAAAGUCAAUGUUUCUAAAAGUCAGAAGACUGUUUUACAUCAAUAUAUAUAUUUCGGAAGUUGUUGCUAAAUAAUUUUCUUAUAGUUUCUGUUACAGAAAUAUUAAUAUUUAUACAUAGGACAUAGCUCAUUUUUGAGUAAUUUACACUCUAUUGCCAGUUUUAUAUUUAAUAGAAAAUUUACAAAUAUUGAUAUUUUGAUUUUUAUCCGUCCAUUGCUUUAUUAGUUGGAUAAGUGAUUAGCAUUGUGGUUAUGGUGUAGUAAUUACUUUGUCAGUUAACGUACAUUAUAUAUGUUGCCUUUUGUUGCACAUUUGCUUGAAAUUGUUUACAAUCUACUUAACAAAGGAGAGCUAUUCAAAGGAAGAGAACAUUCAUGCUUUUUUAAUUGUUUCAUUUUAAUUGAUUCAUCUCAUGAGAAAGGCACAUAAAAGAUCACUAACAAUAAAUUUGGGAUAUUUGAUAGAAGGGAUUGGAAAUGUAAGUUAAAGUGUUGAUAAACACACGUUAUUGUCGUUUUUCUGAAAGUUUAGAUAGUGUAGUGUUUAGCAUAAUGAAGAUGAUCCAGAAAGCUGUGAUAUGAUAGCUAGGUCACUGACCUUUGUCAUGUGAUUUAAUUAACCGUCCAUUAAGUCUUUUAAUUAGCCUUUCAGAGCAUUAUGUUGAUAUUUAGGAGAUAAUAUUUAUUUUUUUCUUCAUUAGUAACAGAUUUUUUUUUCUAUCUGUCUUUAUUUCUGUAGCAUCCGUUUAUAAUUUGUUUGAUUUUCACAUCUUGUGGUGAAAUGUUCAUAUUAUUUUAUACCAAUGUUUUCAGUCGACUACUUCAGUAGUUCUGUUAGAUAAUAAACUUUAUAUUAA